CUCUCAAAUCAUCUAUCCGUCAUAAAUUUCAUAUCCAUCUUGUUAUUUCAACCAUGCAUUCUAUGUCAAAGCAAAAAAGUGCCACUCCCCUUUUCUUAUGCCCUGAUGCAAAAUUUCUAAGCGUAGAAGAUGAGUUUCACUGUAUACAAUUCGGAGAGUUAUUAUCAUCUUCAUCUGAUCACAUCCGACCUUUACAUCGAAAGGUCAACAAAACGUAUGCUAAAUUCUUCAACAAGUGUGCAGUUUGCGGGGAUCAAAUACUCCACAAUCUCGAGCCCCUGAUGUACAUCUGCAAAGAACCUUCUUGCCAUAUUCCAUCACUACAGCAUAGUUUCCACAGAGUGUGUAUCGAGCCGAUAUCAAAGCACCCAUAUCAUCCUAAGCAUACUCUCCGGCUUAUUUUUACAGAUCCAAAAAAAUUGAUGUGCGGAGUGUGUCACUGGAAGAUAGACACAAAUUAUGGAAGAUAUUCUUGCGUAAAGGGUUGCAAUUAUGGUGUUCAUUCUAAAUGUGCAACACGAGAAGAUGUAUGGGAUGGAGAAGAACUUGAGGGAAAACCAGAAGAUCCAUAUGAAGACAUUAGCUCCUUCAUUGAGAUAAGUGAGGGAAUUAUACAACAUUUAAGUCAUCAAGAUCAUCAUAUGAGACUCGAUGAGAAGACCGAUAGAGCUUUUGACGAGAACAAUUAUUGUCAAGCAUGCACACUUCCCAUAUGUGAUGAUAUUAUUUACAGUUGCAUGCAAUGUGAUUUUAUCCUCCAUAAAGAAUGUGCACAGCUUCCUCGGAAGAAACACCAAGUGACUCAUCCUCAUUCCCUUAGUCUACAAGUGGGUCAUCAAGGCUGUGCAUUGUUCGAAUGUAAAGCUUGUCUUCGUUCAAGCAAUGGAUUUGCGUACUUAUGUGAUGAAGAGGAUUGUGAGUAUAUGUUAGACGUACGUUGUGCUUCUAUAGCUGAGCCAUUGGAUCAUCGGUGUCAUCAGCAUCCCUUGUUUCUUACAUUUGAGCCCCGAUCUAAACAAAUAUGUUCGGUUUGCCACAAAUCUCGAGGUCAUCGUCUAAAUUGUGGAGAAUGUGGGUUUGUUGCAUGUUUUGGAUGUGCCACUUUACCCAAUAAGUUGAGGUACAAGCAUGAUGAACAUGUUCUUCUUUUUUCUUACGAAGAAGAGGUAAAUGGUCAAUACUUCUGCGAAGUUUGUGAAAAAGAAGCAAAUCCGAAGAAUGGAGUUUAUAUGUGCCAUGACUGCAACGUUACACUGCAUAUUAAAUGUCUACUUGGAAAAGACGUAAAUAUUAUGCAUGGUGUAGUAAUCGAGUAUCCUGAAGUGGAUGUUUCUAUUCUUCUCAAUGAUCGCCUUAGUCGCAACAUAUGUAAAAGUUGCGAUAAACUUUGUGAACACAAAAUAGUAUACGAAGUAUCUGGUUUUGAGAUAUGUUCUCUCAAGUGUAUGAAUUUUGUUGUACUAUAUUUUACCAUGUUUGCUUGA